CGUCGCGCUGCGGUGCCGCCAGCACAGCGCUUCCUGCCGGGAGCUGGCGGUGCGCGGCCCCCGCCUGCAGCUCCGCUCGCUCACCGCCGUCACCUCCGCGGUGUGGUUGGCGGCCUACGGGCUCUUCGUGCUCAGCGAGGAAACCAGAUCUGAAUGUCUUCAGCCUCUUUGUGGAUUUCAGUACUGUAAUUCUCUACUGAUUUCACCAUGAUGACAAACUUUGGGAGGAGUCCAAUUGACAUCUUCUCUACAGACAUUUGUAUGACAUGCUGUCUUCUCUGAUGUUCCUCGCUGUUUGGAUUGAGUUUCCCGCACUAAAUCUAGAAGUGGAUGAAGUUCUGUUGCUCAUUUCAGUUUCAGCUCCCAGUUCUUUCAGAUCAUACAAUGGAGACUUGUGUUUGGUAAUUUAAACCUCAUUACCAUAUAUCAACCAGCCCAGUGAAUGCCCUGCAUGUAUAGAGGACUACACCUACUUAAAACUGCCAUAAUUGUAUGGUGCUUUCUGCUGCUAUAUUCAUCACGCUGAUUGGCCUGAUUGUAUAUCUGCACUUUGUCAAAAUUGACCAGGAAUCUCUGUUAGUCAUCGGCUCACUCGGCAUUCAGGUGACUUCAUCCUAUGCUUCAGGGAAGGAGAGCACAACUUUCAUUGAGAUGAGUCAAGUGAAGGAUGUAGUGAUCAAUGAAGCCAUCCACAUGCAAAAAGUUAUCUAUUACCUGUGCAUCCUUCUCCAGGACCCUCAGGAUCCUCAGGGAGUGUCUGAGGUUGUGCCACUCUUUCAGCUCAACUCUGAACAAUGUUACUUCCAUGGAAAUAUCUUGAUAUUGGUAAAUUCGACUCCACCAGCAAAGGAGGUACAGAAAGAGCUGUGUCAGUUUGAAAUUCAUUACCUGCCAGUAAUUCUCACUUUUCAAGUGCGAGUUAGUAUGUUACUUAGUUUUGAGGGAGCAGUAAUUAGUAACUCUGUUGCAACUCAUUCAUUGGGUCUUUGUUCCUCUAAGUUAUGUCAGUCUUCAAAAAUACCAUUUAUCGUGUCACUGAGCCCAGGAACACUUCUGCGCUGAACUGACCUAUUGUUCUCUUAAGCAACAUUUGCAAGGAGAGGCAUUUGAUGGACUUUACACGGCAAUUUUGUUUUGGGAGCUCAAAAGUCAUGGUAGGGACUGAGUGACUGAGGAGGUCAGAUGUGGGAUGGGGAAACUUUCACCUCUUUGCGAGUUUUAAUCUGGUCCAGGUCAGGAGUGAUGGAAAGUCAGUAUACUUUGACCACCAUUCCCUGUUUGCAUGAAAUGAAUUGAUGUAUUCAGUUAAUCUUCUGUUGUCCUCUCAUUGACAGUACCAGCAGAGGCCAAUGGCCAGGAGUUUAAACUCCCUGUUCUGAAAGUAGAUUUUUGAGGGUGGAAGUCUUAGGAUGGUGCAUUAGUAUAGGGAAGCCUGCUGUUUUGUAGGUAAAUAGAAGUAGUACAGUCUAAUCAUAGGUUAAGGGGUGGAAUCAUAGGUUAAGGGGAAGAUGUGGAUCUUUUUUCCAUGUUAUCACUGUGCACUGUGAGCAGAGAAAGGGGAAGAUUUCUCAUUUGGCGAGUGACUCAGACUAACUGCAGCAUGGUGCUGUGUGUUCUGACCUGACAGCUUUAGGGACUAGCAUUUUUCAUCACAGAACAGGUAUAGCUUGUGCAGUGGCUUUGCCUUCACCUCCAGGCUACAUCAAACAUCUCCUGGAAUUUGCUGGACUAUUUCUCAGUGAAUGUGUAAAAGCAAAAUCUAUUCUCUGUUGAUUUAAAGUGAGAUAAUAAAGCUAAUCAACUACGGA